CCCGCCGCACAUGCGCGGUGACGCUGCCGCCGCUGGGCGGGCCGGGGCGACGCCGCUUCCGCCCGGCGCCAAGAUGGCGGCGCCCUUUGUCUGGUCGGUGUCACGGUGAGGGCCGCGGGCUGCGGGUGAGGCCCCGCCGGGCCCGGCAUGGCAGGAUCCGUUCCUGGAAAUGAGGACAGAGCCCUGUGGGCAGAGGCAGCGAGGGUUGGGGCCGCGUUGUUCCCCGAGCUGACGCACGAGGCGGGAGAUGACGGUGGGAUGGCUGCAUAGAGACUGACCUGAACACCUGGAAAGGGGAAAUCUCUGCAGGAGAGACACAACCCUCUGGCCCUCGAUCCUCUGGGUAUCUCUGCUCCCUGCAGCACAGGGCCAUGGAUUUCCCGCAGCACAGCCAGCAGGUGCUGGAGCAGCUGAACCAGCAGCGGCAGCUGGGGCUGCUCUGCGACUGCACCUUCGUGGUGGACGGCAUCGACUUCAAGGCCCACAAGGCCGUGCUGGCCGCCUGCAGCGACUACUUCCGCAUGCUCUUCGUGGACCAGAAGGACGUGGUGCACCUGGACAUCAGCAAUGCUGCAGGCCUGGGCCAGGUUCUGGAGUUCAUGUACACGGCUAAGCUGAGCCUGAGCCCUGACAACGUGGAGGAUGUGCUGGCCGUGGCAGGUUUCCUGCAGAUGCAGGAGAUCGUCAGCGCUUGCAACGCACUCAAAUCUCUCUCUGUGCCCCCAGAAAAUCCCCCUGGGGUGAACCAGCAGCCCCCUGAGAUCGGAGCCGACAAGGUGCCGGCUGAUGACAAGACAUCGGCGGUGGCAGAAGCUCUGGGGGAGCCUGACAAAGCCAAAGCAGCUGCUCCCGACUCCGAGGGGAAGGAGGGGAAGCCGGAGGCCGCGGCACAGCCUGAGGUGCCUGCGGAGCAGCCGGCUGGCCAGGAAGGUGAGCCAGCGAGAGGUGACAGCCUGGGUCCUGCUGUCACCCCCAGCACACCCUGCCCUGACACUCCGGCGCUCACAGGGACGGGCGCUGCCAUCCAGGAGGAUCCCAAGGCCGACGUUCCCGGGCUCCCGCAGCCGUCGGAGAGCGCGGUGGGCAGCGGCAGCCUCGCAGCCACGGACACCACCGGGACAGUUGAGAUGAAGCUGGAAAGAAAGGAGGAAGAGGGGGAGAUGAUAGUGGAGGAGGAAGAUGAGGGUAAAAUCCCCAAGGAGGAGCCUCCCCAGCUGGAGAACGGGGAAAACACUGAGGAUAACGAGUCGGGAAGCACGGAUUCCGGGCAGGAGAACUCCGGGGAGCCGCGCCUGCUGCGCUCCGGCACCUACAGCGACCGCACCGAGUCCAAGGCCUACGGCUCCGUCACGCACAAGUGCGAGGACUGCGGGAAGGAGUUCACCCACACCGGGAACUUCAAGCGGCACAUCCGUAUCCACACCGGAGAGAAGCCCUUCUCGUGCAGGGAGUGCAACAAGGCCUUCUCCGACCCGGCUGCCUGCAAGGCCCACGAGAAGACACACAGCCCACUGAAGCCGUACGGCUGCGAGGAGUGCGGGAAGAGCUACCGGCUCAUCAGCCUGCUGAACCUGCACAAGAAGCGGCACACGGGCGAGGCCCGCUACCGCUGCGAGGACUGCGGCAAGCUCUUCACCACCUCGGGCAACCUGAAGCGGCACCAGCUGGUGCACAGCGGGGAGAAGCCCUACCAGUGCGACUACUGCGGGCGCUCCUUCUCCGACCCCACCUCCAAGAUGCGCCACCUGGAGACGCACGACACCGACAAGGAGCACAAGUGUCCCCACUGCGACAAGAAGUUCAACCAGGUGGGGAAUUUGAAGGCUCACCUGAAGAUCCACAUCGCAGAUGGGCCCCUGAAGUGCCGGGAGUGCGGGAAGCAGUUCACCACGUCAGGUAACCUGAAGCGGCACCUGCGGAUCCACAGCGGGGAGAAGCCGUACGUGUGCGUGCACUGCCAGCGCCAGUUCGCCGACCCCGGCGCGCUGCAGCGCCACGUCCGCAUCCACACCGGAGAGAAGCCGUGCCAGUGCUUGAUCUGCGGGAAAGCCUUCACCCAGGCGAGCUCCCUCAUCGCCCACGUGCGCCAGCACACCGGGGAGAAGCCCUACGUGUGCGAGCGCUGUGGGAAGAGGUUCGUCCAGUCGAGCCAGCUGGCCAACCACAUCCGUCACCACGACAACAUCCGGCCCCACAAAUGCACCGUCUGCAACAAAGCCUUCGUCAACGUGGGCGACCUGUCCAAGCACAUCAUCAUCCACACAGGGGAGAAGCCGUUCCUGUGUGACAAGUGCGGGCGUGGCUUCAACCGCGUGGACAACCUGCGCUCCCACGUGAAGACCGUGCACCAGGGCAAGGCUGGCAUCAAAAUCCUGGAGCCCGAGGAGGGCGACGAGGUCAACAUCGUCACGGUGGCGUCCGAUGACAUGGUGACAUUGGCCACCGAGGCGCUGGCUGCCACCGCUGUCACGCAGCUCACGGUGGUGCCCGUGGCGGCCGCGGUGACAGCGGACGAGACUGAAGCACUUAAAGCUGAGAUCACCAAAGCGGUGAAGCAGGUGCAGGAGGCAGACCCCAACACGCAGAUCCUUUAUGCCUGUGAUUCCUGCGGGGAGAAGUUCCUGGACGCCAGCAGCCUGGCGACGCACGUGCGCAUCCACACGGCCCAGGCGCUCGUCAUGUUCCAGGCAGAGCCCGACUUCUACCAGCCCUACGGCGCCGCGGGCUGGCCGGCCGAGCAGGUCAUCCCCGCCGGGGAGCUCCUCUUCCGCCCCCGCGACGGCCCCGAGCCGCCCCCGGCCGCUGCCCCGGCCCCCCCCGCCCCCGCCCAGCCUUUAUUUAAGAGACAGCUCGGAAAUGGUGUAAAAAGUGUAUUUCUGGAAGGAAAGAGAUGGAAUAAAAUGCAGUAUUUUGUAAGGGUUGGUGCUCGGCGAGGGGGCUGCGGCUUCCCCCACAAGGGGAGGUUUUGGGGUUCCUGCAGAGCUGGAGCCCAGUGGGGGGGACUGAAACACUCCAAUCGCUGCUGAGAGUGUGGUGUGUUAAAAGCAGGGAUAGAUGAGAUGAGAAAGGAUAAAAACGGUGUUUUCAGAUUUUCAACCCCAUCCAGAACAGCAGCUGGGGAUUUUUGGGGUAAAGCCCCAAAAGGCCCUCACCUGCUGACCCCCACCGAGGGAGGGGUGUGGAGGCAGAGGAGAUGCCCCUCUUUGGGGAUAGAAACAGGAAAAAAGGUGCUGGUGGAUAGAGGUGGGGGAUGGGAGCCACUCCUGCCCCACCCAGGACCUGGGGCUCAGCUGGGCACACCCACAAGGGACCCCCAGGCCCUGGAGCUGGGAAGGGGGGGCUGGGGGUCUCAGGGCCGUGUGUCCAUCCCUGUCUGUCCCUAUCCCGGGGGCAGCGCCGGCUCCAGCCUUGUCCCCCCCACUGCUGGGGCUGGGGCGCUGCAGGACCCCCAGCAGGUGGGAGGGGCAGGAGCCCCAAAAUCUGCCCCUGUCCGUGUGUCCAGCUGGACACUCCCCCCCUGCUCUGCCCCCUCAAAGCCCCCAGCUCCCCAUGGUGGGGAGGGAAGGGAGACACAUGUCCAGCCAGGACAGACAGACACUGAGAUGGCUGCAGGGACAGAUGGACAUGUGGAAAGCUCUGUGGAUGGCUGGACAGUGGCAGAGACACACGGACAGGUCACCUUCGGGCUGGACACAGUUUCACAUCCAGUUGGACUCCUGGACACGUGCCUGUCCAUCCAUGUGCCCACCUGUGCCACCAUCCAUGUGUCCAUCUGUCCUCAUCCCUGCUCUCCAACCUAGGGGGGCUUGGAGGAUUCAGGACGGGCUGCGCUGUCCAGCCGGACACACGGACAGUUCUGUGGAUGGACACAUGGCUAGCUUCAUUCACAGCCAGACAGAGGGACCACUGCAAGUCCAGUCGGACAGACAAUUGUACAUCUAGCUGGACAGACAGACACCUUCUGCCUCCACCCAUGGGCAUAAAUGCCCCAAAA